AUGGCUUCCAGCAACAAAGUACUGACAGCAUCCUGUCACUGCCACACUGUGCAGUUCUCCAUACAUGUGCCCAUCGCUUCUCUACCACUAAAUGUGCAUAUGUGCCAUUGCAGCAUCUGUCGCCACACGCAUGGCACGCCGUGUACCUUUCAUGCUAGAUUGCCAUCUGGGGUUGAGCCGCAGUUUAUCUUUCCAUCCAACCUUGGCAAUUUGACUGCCUACAAACAUGCUACAUCAAUUUCCACGAGGUAUUUCUGCAGUACCUGUGGCUGCCAAAUUGGAGAUCAGAUCCAUGCCGAUGGCAGAUGGGUGAUUUCUAACGCCAUAUUUGAUGCCAAUAGGGCAGAUACAGGAAUAUGGAGAUUCACCACCCACUUACACCCGGACUCCGCACGCGACGGAGGAUUAUCUGCCGUGGUCUCCACCAUCGAUGAGCAGCAGCUGGAGCUGGUCAUGCCUGAGCAUUCUUCGCAGCCCAUCAAAGAUACACCACGGGAUGACGAGGUAAGUGACGAAAAAUUGCUCGCCGAAUGCCACUGCGGUGGCGUGUCAUUCCAUAUAAGUCGACCGCAAGCCGAUUUUAUCGCCAGUCCAACCGGCCAAAGUUGGCUUUCCCCAUUGGACCAAACGAAGUGGUUAGCCUGCAUGGAUCUUUGUGACGAUUGUCGGCUGGUAAAUGGCACGCAUGUCAUCGGGUGGAUUUUUGUCCCAGUGAACCACAUCUCGCCUAAUCCAUCUCCCGAUCUACUCAUUGGGUCAGCCAAGGCCUAUCGCUCCACCGCGGAUGUGUUGAGAACAUUCUGCCGCACUUGUGGAGCAACAGUUUCUUAUAGCUGCGAUGGUCGACCAGAAAUAGUCGACAUAGCGGUUGGAUUACUACGAGCACCCGAGGGCGUUAUGGCUGAGAACUGGACGUUGUGGCGGGCAGGUCGACCCUCGUGGCCAGAGAACGGAUUGCGAUACCAUGCAGGGUUCAGUCAUGCAUUGAUUGAGGGAAUGAAGCAGUGGGGUGCAGAGCGGGGCCAAUUACAAGACUUUGUCAUUCCCUGA